ACUGCGCUUAAUCAAACAAACUAAAUCAAUAAUUAAUAAUGGCAAGUUUAUUAUUGGAACCCAUUUUGGAAAUCGCUUUAGAUAUCAUCAGGAGUAAUCUUGCACGUUAUCUGGUAUCGGUGCCGCCUCCUGACGAUGAGUGGUUGAAGGAAAUGAGAGGAAACCUGGGUAUGAUAGCCACCGUCAUUGCAACUAUGGCAUUUCAAAACGGUCUGAAUCCACCGGGAGGGGUUGUCCAAAACGGAGAAAAGGGAACCGUCACUUGUCCAACUCCAAAACUGCACGGUCAAGCAUGUCCAGGCCAAUCUGUUUAUGCUGCCGUGGACACAGAUGGAUACACGGGCUUCAUGAUAACCAACUCUCUUUCUUUCUUGUUCUCUAUAACUACCUGUAUUAUGGUUAUAAGCGGAAGUCCUAUUGGUCCAGGAUAUCCCACCUUGGUGUUGGCAAUGUUCAUGUCCCUCUCUCUCCUCCUUCUUGCUGUCUCCUACGUGCUUGGUGCUUUCCUUCUCAACCCACAUGUGCAAACAAAUUACAGUAUCAUGAUCUACGUAAUUAUCCUCGUCCCUAUCACCAUGCUGGUGCUUUUGGUUUGUUUCCGCGUCGCUGCAUUGAUUAUGGCCGUUCGGCGGAGCAAUAAAGAAGCUAGGCAUGAUACAACUUCCGCCGAGCAGGUAGAGUGACUUACAGAUACAGUUAGCUUUUGGUAACGAUUUUAUCAAACGCUAGCUGAUUUAAUAAGAGAAAUGUUAGAAAAACAUCAGAAUUUACUCUUUUUAGCCAUCAGUUAAUAAUCAAUGUUUAAAAGUAUGGAAUAAAGUAUGUUGUUAGAUUAUUGGACUAAAAGAAUUGAGUUGAUGGUUGUUAAGUGAU